UCAUCCCACUACCACCAUGAGCAUCUCACAACUCACCGAUGAACAAGUGCGAAACGUGAUUCAAGGUCCUGGCGACGUUGAAUGGAGGUAUGAAAUGCGUAGGGAAUGUCAGGAGAUAUUACCCGGACUCUUUCUGGGACCAUUUGUGGCCUCAAAGUCCUUGGAGACCCUCCAAAGUCUGAAUAUAACCCAUAUCGUUUGUAUUCGUGACGCCAAAGAAGCGUUCUCAGUCAGACCUCGAUUUCCAGAACACUUCUCAUACCUGACACUGGACGUGGAAGACAACGAAGAACAGAACCUGAUUCGACUCUUUCCAAGAGCAAAAGCGUUCAUCGAUGAGGCUAUCAGGCCAGAGAGAGGAGGAAGAGUGCUUGUUCAUUGUAACGGUGGUAUCAGUCUUUCACCGGCGUUCGUUGUGAUGUUUGUCAUGCAAUACUACUCUUUGUCUUGGGAAGAUGCCCUCCAUUUAGUCCAAAACCGUCGAUAUUGUAUCUCCCCCAACGGUGGUUUCUUAACACAAAUCAAGGAAUAUGAAGCCAUAUACAGAGCAAGUCAGGCGGUUGCUUCCUAUCCGGCAACUCAAAGACCCAUCAAUAGAAGAAAGCGAGAGGACGAUUCAGAUGAUGAAGACCCUAGAGAGGAGGAUAGGUCGAAGCGUGUUCUCUUUGAGAGUGAUACAAGUCACAAUAGUCUACUGUUACAACUAGAAUAUGAUCCAAACGCGAUGGAAAUUUCGUAGUUUCCUCG